UAAUUAUGAAAACAAAGCCUUGGGACUUAGAGAAAAACUCAGACACCAGAAAAUGCAAAGCGACCGCUGAACACACUCACUCACUCACUCUAAGCUCUCUGUGUACAAGAGCAAUGUCUCAAGCAGUCGGCCUCAUUUCCAAGAACGUUCCAGGUUGUGGGGUGGUAGAAGGCGGAUGUCUCCCUUGUUCAGGAGUUUCUGGAAGAGCAGCCACUAUAUCUCCUUCUCGUUUUGGCUGUAGAUUACAUUCACAGGUCAAGAUCAGAUCACUUAAAUGUGCUUCCAAGGGAGCAGCUUUUGUCUGCCAAGCAAGUUCUAGUGGUCAUAGGAGAAACCCAGACUUCUCAAGACAAAACAGGCACAGUUAUUCUAGAAACAGGAACAGGCAAAAUGAAGAGAGAGAGAGCUUUGAUAACCUCAAUGAAUCCGAUAUGUUAUCUUCAAAAAAUGGGCCAUUGCUCUCGCUUUCCAGUGCCCCGAAAUUUCAUGUAACUUCAGCCCCUGGACCUAGGGAGAAGGAAAUUGUCGAGCUAUUCAGAAAGGUCCAGGCUCAGCUUCGGGAGAGAGCUGCAAGCAAAGAAGAAAAGAAGACUGAAGCCUUGCAAGGGCAGGGCAAAGAGAGUGAAACUGUGGAUUCCCUCCUUAAGUUAUUGCGGAAACACUCAGUUGAGCAAAGCAAGAGAAGCAGCAGGAGCAAUGACAGCAACAAAAACUUCACUUCGGAGCAGCCAGUACAGAAUGACCUAUACAAUGAAGGAAAAAGUACAAGCUUCUAUAAUUCAAAUAGCAGUUUGAAGAGUGAUGCCCAAGAACCUGAUGCUUCUUUUUUAAGUAGGCCUUUGUCAAAUUUCCGGCGCAAGUCUCCCGUCCCUCGUGUGAAAUACCAGCCCAUUUAUUCUGGUGAGGACCCUAUCAAUAUCAUGCCACAUGUGAAUUCAAGUGAGAAGAGAGAGGAAAAUCAGGUUGAGAAUGAUCUAAAAACUGAACAAGAGUUGGAACCAGAGUUAGAGGCAGAGCCAGAGUUGGAGCUUGAACCUGAGCCUGAGCCUGAGCCCAAGGUCACCAUUCCAGAUGGUAGGCUUGCUAAGUUGUCAGAAGGUGAGACUUCAGAUACCGAUCCUUAUAAUGAUAAGAAAGUAGGUGUGGAACCGACGAGUGAACACAGGGAUUUGAGUGCAUUGAAGCUACCAGAAUUGAGGGCGCUUGCAAAGUCUCGUGGUGUAAAAGGGUAUUCAAAGAUGAAGAAGAGUGAGCUUGUGGAGUUGCUAACUGGGAGUUUUGUAUGAUCCAUGAUGCAUGAGAGAAGCAAAAGGGAGAGACCACUUCAACAUUCUUAGAUUGCUUUAAAAUACUGCCUCUUGUUUUGAUAAUAUACUCUUCUGAUCACUUUGUUUUGUACUUCACUUCAAACCCUCCUAGGCCUCUUAAGGACUUGUGCUAGUUGUGAAGCAACCGUUUCUCCAUUUCUUAGGUCUUUUUGGAUCAGUUAUUGUUGUUGAUUUUGAGAUUGUUGUUUCUCUUUUCAUGUUACUUUUUGUUAAAAUUGCAUCAGAUUCAAGUUGCGGCUUUUUUCUGGUUUUACUCGUAA